AUGUCCAAGAAAAUUACUAAGAACAGCAAAGACAAAGGAAAAUCCUUUCGUUCAAGCUUGAAAACCCUUACAGCCGAAGAACAAAGCAACAAUGAGAAAGCAAACGACGGUAACACACAAUCAAGUGGGCGAAAUCAAAUCCCUAGAUCGAAUGUUCGAAGUUCUAAUGAGGUUGCAACAGGGAACGAAACAAGACGCAAUGUCAUCAAGGAGGAGGGUUCCUUCACGCAUGGGAUAGAAUCCUCAAAUGUGUCAUAUGAUACCACAAGUGCGGUGAAAUCCCGUACCGCAAAGCUUUGUGAGAUUGUUCACGUCGACCAGCUUUCCUCAGAUGAAGAGUCAGGAACCGUGAUGGGCAUACUGAGAGACGUUGCUCGGCGUGAUGACAACUUUUGCAAUUCAAGGAGGACCCUUGGCUAUGCAACCUUUCCCGAUGUAGAUGCAACGUUGCAGAGUUAUCUGUGCUCCUCUGGUGAGCAUGCCCGUGGAGUUAGCAUAACAGAUGCCCUGAGAGUAACAAGACUACCGCCAUAUUCUUUAAUCGAAGACGCAGAGAAGGAUAUUAAGGAAGAAGCAAGUUCCCAGAUUCUUGUUCAAUUUCCUUCCUACGGAACCUUCAACAAAAGGGGCAUCAAUAUCUUGAAGAGAUUUCAUCGACUGCGACAACUUCGUGGCGAAGUCCAAUUUGAAGAGAAAUGGCUGAAAAAUGUUUUUUCAAAUAUGAAAAACUGUAUGAGAGAUGAUGUGACUCACGCCCUUCUAGACAGAGUGAACGAAGAGGAAAAAUACCUGGUGUCCUAUAAAAACUAUAGGAUAACGUCUCAGGAACUUUCAGUCAUGUGUGGGGAGAGGUAUCUUUCUGACGAAAUCAUCAAUCUACUGAUUCAAAGAUACUGUGACUUAGCAAACGAGAAGAAUCAGUCUUGUACUUUCAUCCUUUUGCCAUCCUUCCUUUCCGUUGGAGAAGUGUCAGGAAAUUUGAUUAGGAACAUUUGUACCGUUGAAGACAUGAAUGAAGUAGAGGUAAUGUUCCUUCCUGUCCACAUGGCUGAAUUGUGUCACUGGGGACUUGUCAUAUUUUCAGUGGGUGAGCAAUCAGUGUUCUUCGACGACGGAUAUCAUUGUCAAAUAUCACGAGAUCUUCGAUACAGAACAAACAUUAUUCUCUCUACGAUUCACGAAAACACCGAGUUAGUUAAAUUUAAACAGUGCGAUUGGAAAGAAAUUCAGCGAUUCAAGGUCCCAAUGCCAGACCAACCUAAAGCUGGCUCCGGCAGUUGUGGUGUGGCCGUUAUAUGUGCCGUACGUGACAUUUGCUCUGGAAAUGACGACCACUUCACUUGGACAUAUCAAGAUACAUCAUACCUGCGCGCCCAGUUAAUGGUUGAGCUCGUUAAUCUCGCAUAA